AAAUUUCGUGUCAAAAUACUUGUACAAUUUGCCAUGAAAGUGGGACGUAUACGCGGGAGCUCCAAAGCAUCUACAUGGAAACGCCUGGGGUUCACUCCUGUUGCCGACGAGGUCAGCAAAAAGCAGCGAGCACUGUGCCUGCACUGCCACAAGUAUCAAGCAAACACCAGCAUCGACAGGCUCAUCAUCCAUAGAAAGUCGUGCCACAAAUUAAAGGAGGACCUGACCGAGGAGUUCAAACACAGAGGAGAGCCGGAUAUCGAGCCGAAAGUUGAGCGCUUGGACGGAGAAGAAGUGCGGAAUACUGGUCCCAACCUGGAGGGGUACCUGAGCCACAUAGACACACUUGCGACACCACACACAGAUGCCAAUCGGCUGCAGAAGGAACUGAUCAAGGCGGAGACGGAUUAUCUGGUGGCAAAAUCUGCGUAUUUUACCAAACUGAAUGAGAUUGCUGAGCUGAAACGCACCGUGACCAUGCUGGAGGCGAAGAAAACCCAGCUAGAGAUUGUGAAACUGAAAGCAGAGUGCGAGUAGUAUUCGUAUUUACAGUAUUUCGGUUUCCCUUUUAGUCUAAUAAUUACACAAUAAAUAUAAUACCAUAAAACAAA